GCUCCGCGCAGCUACCCACCAGCCCUGCCCCGCUCGUCCCCAGCUUCUGCUUCCAGCUUUCCCCGACAUCGCUCUGCUCUGCCCAAGCCCGCUUGGCAUCGCCACAGCUCCUCCUCCCAGCUUUCCCCCAGCCCCACACCCCGUUGGCAGCUACUUCGCCAACCUUUCCGCCAGGCCCUCCCUGCCGCUUCCCAGCUCCAACCCGCUCAACCCCAGCUCUCCUCCUACGUUUCCGGCAGCCACGCCCUACUCCUCCCCCAGUUUCGCCUUUCCAGAGUCCCCCGCCCUGCCCUACAACUGCCCAGGUCCUCCUCGGCAGUGAUCUCCCAGCUCUUCCCAAGGCUCCACGUCCAUCUCCACCUCCCCAGCUUAAUCCCGCUCCUCCCCAGCACUGCCUUCCCAACUUCCUCAGCUCCACCCCGCCCAGCUCCUCCUCUCAGCUCCGCCCUGCUACUCGCCAGGUCCUCAUCCCCAGGGGUCCCCGAGCUUCUCCUGUGGCUCCGCCCCAAGCUCCGUUACCCCAGCGCUCAGAUCCCCCCGCCUACACCUCCUCAGGCCCACCCUGCUCUUCGCACAGCCCCUUCUCCGCAACAUUCCCCCCAGCUCUGUCCUGCUCCUUCCCUGCUCCUCCCCUCGCAGUGCCCGAGCUCGUACCCAACUCUUUCUCACUCGCCGCGCUCACCCCUCUUGCAGGUGCGCCCCAGCUACUCCCCCAGCCCUGCCUCACAGCUCGUCCCCCAGCUCGUUCCCACAGGUCGACCCCCACACACUCCUCCCCCUGCCCCGCCUCCCGUAGCCCCGCCCACGGAACAGCCCCCCCCCCGCUCGCCUCGCCCCGCCCCUUCCCCCCCACCCCAUUUCUUUCCUGACUUCCGGUUCCGCUCGAGCCGCCGGCGUCUACCUCCCGGUCCACCGGGGUCCUCCCCCGCGAGUCGGGGCCGGGUGAGUCCCCCACACGUCUCCUGGCGGCCGGGGCUUCCGAGCCUAUGUGCGUGUGUACGUAGUCCUCGUGCAGGCGAAGAAGGCCAGACAAGUGGAAUAGCGUUUCCUCGUCAGACCACAAAGCAGCUGUCUGCACCGUCGUCGGUGCGCUCGCCCAAGACUCCAUCUGAUGGACAAGGAGGCCUGAUCACCGGCCCCUUCCUUUGGGCCUGUCGGUUGACUGUGUAGUGAUAGAAGGAAGGGGCCAGGGCUCUCGGCUGCCCCACCGUCCAGGCCAGGGGAGGCCCCAGGAGCUGUAGGGAGAUGAAGUUCGGCUGCCUCUCCUUCCGGCAGCCUUAUGCGGGUUUCGUCUUAAAUGGGGUCAAGACCGUGGAGACGCGCUGGCGUCCUCUGCUGAGCAGCCACCGGAACUGUACCAUCGCCGUCCACAUCGCCCACAGGGACUGGGAAGACGCCGCGUGGAGGACGCUGCUGGUGGAGAGGCUGGGGAUGGGCCCCGCUCAGAUUCAGGCCUUGCUUCGGGAAGGGGAGAAGUACGGCCGUGGCGUGAUAGCUGGCGGGCCUCGGUUUCUGGAAGGAAAAACCAGCGCGUGCUUCUCUUUGUGCACAGGGCUUGUUGACGUUGGGGAAACGUUGCCGUGCCCAGAAGACUUAGCUCCCGAUGAGGUCGUGGAACUGGAAAACCGAGCUGUGCUGACCAGCCUGAGGCAGAAGUACCUCACGGCGCUUUCGAACCCCAGGUGGUUGCUGGAGCCCAUCCCCAGGAAAGGCGGGAAGGAUGUCUUCCAGGUGGACAUCCCAGAGCACCUGCUCCCCUCGGGGCAGGAGGCCUGAGGAGCGUGCGGGGUUACGGAGAAGCCAGCUAAGUCACGACCCGUGAGCUGACCGUCGUGCCGCAGGCGGGGACCGCAGCUCUGGUCCGGCUGGGCCCUGCCGCGGAGAGCGCUGCCGCUGCGUGCUGUUCGUGGACACAGAUUUCCCCGCUCCCGUGCGGGGGACGGGCCGGCGGGACUUUCCUUGUGAGCUGCCCGUCUGGGCUCCUCGACAGGCUCGAGGACUCUGAGCUUCAGGAGAAAGGGAAAGCGGCCGUAAAGGCCUCUGCACCGCGACUAAUCUGGAUUGCACCAGGAAGUACGUUUCGGGGCGCCUGGGUGGCUCAGUCGUUACGUGUCUGCCCUUGGGUCGGGUCAUGAUCCCGGGGUCCUGGGAUCGAGCCCCACGUCCGGCUCCCGGCUCCACGGGGAGCCUGCUUCUCCCUCUGCCCCUGCUUGUGUUCCCUCUGUGUCUCUCUCUGUGAAAUAAAUAAAAUCUUUAAAAAAAGAAA